AUGUCGCUCUUCUCGGCCCAGCUCCAUCCCGGCCGCGCCUUGGGCUUCCUGGUUCUCGGCGCCUCUCUCCAUGACAUUCUCACCCGCCUCAAGGCGGAGCCCCAGCGCUUCCCCAAGCUCGACGUCUACUACACUCCCUCCGACCCCGUGCGCGAGCCCGUCAUGGUUGGCCUGCCCGCCAACGGCCUACGCCUGCGCUUCGACGGCCCCGAGCAGCGCCUCCGCCUGAUUGAGGUCACCGACUUCUCCCGCACCCACAUCUUCCUCAAGCCCGCCAACGACAAGGAGCGCGACCUCGUGCGCCCCGCCAGCACCAGCGCCAGCGCCAGCACCAGCACCAGCACCAGCACCAGCCCCAACCCCAACCCCAACCCCGCCAGCCCCGCGUCGCCGCACCCCGACACCGCCGGCCCCACGUUCCGCCACAUCUACCAGCGCUUCCUGGGGCCCACGUACGACGGGGAGUUUAUACCAGACGCCGACGACCGCGACUCGGCCGGGCUCUACGUCUUGUCGUACCCCGGCGUCGCCUUCACCUUCACCAUGAAGCGCGACAACUACGCCCCGUCCAAGGACGUCGUGUCGCUGCUGUCGUCGUCGGCCGUGCCCACCUCCAUGGCCGUCUUCAGCGGCGACUCGUGGGCCCAGGCCCGCGAGACCAUGUGGACCGAGGUGCUGCCCAGCAUCAAGAUGACGGCGCCGCUUGCCAAGAGCAAGGACGUGUGCCCCGACGAGGUUUCGCUGGUGCGCAUCUACGGCGGCGGCAAGCUGCAGCUGUUCCGCCGCUGGACCAACAACUCGUUCUGGCUGGUCUUGGGAGACACGACGCCCCAGCAGCUGGUGGCCGAGUUGGGCCCGCCCGACGCCAUCUACCGCAAGAACGACCAGCGCAUGUACAUCCACAAGCUGCGCGCCGCCAGCAACACGGUCGCCCGCCCCGACGGCCAGGACCUGGCGCGCCAGCUCGACAACCUCGACCUGACCGACACGGACCAGUCGUCGCACGCCGCCUCGGACGAGUACGACUCGCACGGCGGCGGCGGCGGCGGCGACGAUGACGACGACGACGACGACGACGAGGCCGUCGAGGACGACGCCGCCGUCGACGCCUCGGGCGAGUGCUUCUGGAACUACUUUUACAUGGGCUUCGACAUCCUCAUGUCGCCGCCCACCGCACCCUCGCGCCCGCCGCCCACGCAGCAGAAGGACGGCGUCAAGCUGCCCGACGUGCAGUUCAAGGCGUGGAACCCGCUAGUGGCCACCAAGAUAAUCCUGCACGCCAACGUGCCGGGCUCGUACCCCUUCAACCGGCACCGCCGCUGUCGCUGGGAGAUUCCGUACCUGCCCGAGGGUUUAGGUGACGGCGGCAAGAAGGGAAGUGUCAACUCGGAGACGCCGUUUGCCGAGAUCGAGGAGAGCCUGCGCGACGAGUGGAAGUCCAUUUACGCGUCCGAGGACGAGGCGCGCCAGCGGCAGCGUGGCAUGGUGCUAAACCGCGGCUGGGGCGACAGCCCGGGCAGCAGCUGCGAGCUCCUGGGCGGCUGGGAGGAGAGCGGCGGCGCCACGCCGGGCGUCGGGCGCAAGGCUGACGGCAGCGAGGAUUCGACCACGACGCUGUACGGCUUUCCGGGGCUAGUAUUUGAGGUGCUGAAGAACGGCAACGUGAGCGCCGUGACUGUGUUUUAG